CUAUAGUUACCCAACGGAAACAAUCCAUGAGCUGAAACGCAUGAUUCUUAACUACGAUUGUCGCUGUUCCGUCCGUGCAAAAUGUAUCGUACCGGUAUCCUGAGAGAAUUCGCUUCUGUGAGAACAAGAACACGACGUUUAACGUGUUAAAAAGUAACGGUUCGCUUAAGUGGCCUAUAAAGAAAAACUGGUCUACCUAUGAGACUGGUUUGCGUGAAACAGAAACACAAUGUACGAAAAAGAUUCUGAAGUUACGCUUGUAACGUCAGCUUCCUUAAUUUACGGGAACUUGAAAGUGCAUUAUCCAAUAGAGGACGAAACAUUACGAACAUUUGCCGUUAUUCACGGCGGAUACAUAAAUAUCCUGAUAGCUCAUGGACCGAACGUAAGGCCAAAAUAUUUGCCAUGUAUAGAAAUGGGCACAAAACCAAAACAUAUCACCGCUUAUGUAACAGAAGUGAAAUGGGCAUUCUUUGGCAACCGGUACCAUCUGUUGGUAACAUCGAACUUAGGAAUCAACGUUUAUGACCAAGAAGGUCAGAUCUUCAAAUUUACUCAUCCAUGCUGCGAUGGCCCAAGGUCUCCAGGAACUUUUGCAAGGGGCAUUGCAUUGAUAGGUGACCAGUUGCUCUGUGUUGGGAACAGUUCGGGCCAUAUCUACAUAUUUUGCUAUCCAGAUGAGGAGAGUUGUCAGGUACUGGAAGUGGUAAGGCUCUUUAAGGCACAUGAUCAGGCAGUGAUCUCAUUAGAGAGUGGCAGAAAAACGAUGGUUUCCACUGAUAACUCUGGUGUUAUUACAAUAUGGGCAAUUGACGACAGCAUGAGCCAUCUUGUUACUAUUCCUAGCUUCAGCUCAGUUUGUACGUCUUUGGUGAACUGUGACAGUGUGGUAAUUGCGGGGUAUCUCUCUGGCCACCUCCGCCUAUUUGAGAGCCCAUCUGGUCAGCUUCUUUAUGAUGUGACAGCUCAUGCACGUCCUGUCACAGCUCUCGACUUUGCACCUGAAGCUGGAUUAUUGUUAUCUGUAUCGGAAGAUUCUUUUAUAAGAAUCUGGCAGUUGGAACCCAGUGAUAAAUUGGUUCAGCACAAGUCUACUGUACAUGUAAAGGACAGACUCAUAGUUGGCUGCCAGUUCUUGAACAGCAAGGGUACAGAGUUUUGCGUGUCAUGUUACGAUUCAGCAGAAAUCCUUUGCUACAAAACAUAACAACGAUGAAAAUAAUAAUAAUAAUAAUGUCCACACUACAGCUUAGAGAUUUUUACUUAUACAAAGGUCAGCAGGAUAACAUGAGAAACAUAUUACACCAAGUCUGAGAAUAAAUCAUUCAAUGAACAUUAAGCAUUUCAUCAGGGGAGAAAAGGGCUGAGUCAGUAAUGAAUAUCACAGUUUCAGUAGAUGUGUUGCAGUGAUAAUUAAGAUUUUUAAAAGGUAUAUGUUAUUUCAUAGAGGUUACAGAACUAAAAAGUUUUAUUUGAACUGCAAAGUAGUGAAUAGAGUCAAUGUUUUUUAUCUGCAAGAAAGGAAGAAACAUUGGGGUUUAAUGUCCCAUUAACAGUGAGGUUAUUAGGGUCACAAGCUUAAUUGGGAAAAGGAAUUGGCUAUGCCUUUUCAAAGAAACCAUCCCUGAAUUUGCCAUAAGCAGUUUUAGAGAAACCAUGGAAAACUUAAGUCUCUGUGUCCUGAAUACAAGCUUAAUAUCUUGCCCCUGUGAAGCCUCACUUGGUUUGUGUGUGCGGAAGCUAAGAACAUUUUGAGAUACUGCCUAACAUGUGCUUUUGGGAGACAAUACUUUAUUCAUCACCAGAUCAUAUCAUUUGUCACUCAAAGGAGUAGGAGGAGACCAAAGGAAUACGGAAUACUGUACUGAUCUCUCCCGAGAAUAUUGUGCGUAUAAUGAAAUCAUGGGAGGAAAAGUUAAUUUAGUGUUCCCUUGUUAGUAACAGAAAUGUUCCAUCUUUCGUGCAAGUUAUGAGUGAUUGUGACUGCUGUGAGUUUAUAUUAGCCUGUGGAUCCUGAAUGUUCAGUGGGCACUGACAAACUUGAGCCUUGAUUUAAAGUGCUCUUGUUUAUCCUGGAACCAUUGUAUUGUGUAAUGCAAUUACACAAGGUUAAACUGAAUUCCAUUGACAAAAUAACUUUGUAUCCAUAUUGCACUGAAUAUAUCUGCACAACAGUGCAAAAGUCGACAGUAGGUAUUAUGUGCAUUGUUUGGAAACAAACAUGUUCUGUUCACUUACAGUACUUCAGUACUUGCUGUUAAUAAUAAGAAUGUCCAUUUUGCUGUUUGCCCUCAAUUUUGCAUUCAGUGCUGCUCAGUUCUAUCUCCCUUAUGUUUUUUCAGCAGUGUUAGUUGUACAUUGACAGUAACACACAGCAGUAUGGACAGGUUUACUGAUAAAGACUUGGCCAAUAUGCAAAUUGUAUAUAUGGGUUUAACGAAAGCAAUGAUGAAACGGCACAGCAGUGUUAUUCUGUGCUGUUCCAGCAGCAAUUGCAACCAUAUCAUAGUACUGUUCGUCUGAGGGUUGCUACAUUAUUCUGUAUUUUGGACUGUACACUGUAAUAAAGGCAUUGCACAAAAACAAAUACAACUGGGGUAACAAAUAAAGUAAAUCAUCAUCAUGUUAUUACUCUGUAAGGGAUCACUGGAAACCACAAGUCCUUUACUAAAAUAUUUAGAAAAUAGCACUCAGCAAUCUACAACAUUUUGUUGGAGAAGUUCAAGUUAACUUUUACACAUUUAUAUCACCCCCAACUACAAAUAUGAACAAGAAAGUGUCUUAUUACACCAAAUUGAUGAUUUUAUGUGAUUCAUUUUGCUGGAUGAAACUUCUUUUUGGUUUUGUUUUACUUUGUAUGUGCAAUGUUUUACAUAGUUUAUACAGUGCAGAUAUGUGAUGAGCAAAUAUGAUAUCAAACAAAUGAUUUUCACUAUAUUAAUAGGUGCCCUGCAGAAUGCAAAUGAUUCUGGAACAACCAAAUCAACUUCAUAUCACUAACUUCAUAGGAACAUACAGAUUAAAUUGAACAGAAUUUCUUUUAGACAAGAACAAUGUCAGUAGUCUCCUCAUAAAUGGGUUAGGAAGUAUGGUCCAGAAGUGGCUGCAUAGUACCUAACAAAACUACUAAUCAUCAGCAACAAUUUAUUUUGUAAUCACAACUGAUACGAUACAUGAAAGCAGGACUGUUAGUACUGUGAAGUAUUCACACUUCGGAUAUUACCAUUUUGUUAUCUCUUCCCCCUAAUCAUUUCUGAUACUUGGGUGUUUAACAUACUUGAACCAUGUACUGUGCAAGUGUGCCGUAGAAAGAUUUUAGUUUAAAUGUGCCUUACUGUUCAAGCGACCAAUGCUUGGAUCAUAAACACACAGAUCAGAAAAAUUGUUAUGCAUUUUGGUGCUGUAUAUUAGUGUGUGUCUGUUGAAAUAAUAGUGCUUAUGGUUAUACAGAAUUUGUCUAUGUUUGUGUAUAACAACUUGACUGUAAAUUUAUUUGCAUUUGUUUUUGCUUAUGUCUGUGUUGUGUCACACAUUUGAUGGUUAGUGCUUAUCUGGGUAAAAACAGUGAUUCUUAAUUGUGACCAUAUUGUCUACUUUGUGUUUCUUUUUGUGCUUUAUCCAUAAAACUACAUAUUUAUUUAAAUCAGUAUUACAAAGACAUUUCUGUACCGUUGUAAAAUAUGAUCCAAGAACAAAUAAACCUCAAUACUACUAAUA